UGUGUGGGGCCUCCCCCAGCUCUUCCCCAGCCCUGGGCCCCUGCCUGCUUCAGGGAGGGGGUGGGCAAGAGACAGGAAGCCGGAAGCCCCAAUCUAACCCAGGUCACGGUCCCUACCUCCUUCACCCAGUCUGCCCACCCCAGGCUGUUUCAUAGCCAGAGCUACCGACACCAGAGAGGCCGGGGCCCAGCUCACGGACCAGAGGGCCAGAUGGCUCUGUCCAGGCUCAUGGGUCUGGCGGCACUGGGAGCUCUGCCAGGGGUGCUGGGCUCCGAGGAAAGCAGCUCCCACAGCUCCAUCACCGUCUGCCUGCUGGUGCUGCUGCUGCUGAUCCUGAUGGUGGGCUUGGCCCUGGCCUGGUAUCAUCUGAGCCGGGAAUCAGGGGGCUACUACCACCCCACCCGCCUGGGCACCUCCCUGUGGAGCCAGGCCCGCCGGCUGCUGCGGGCCACAGGGGUGGCCCGCUGGCUCGGAAGGUCAGCCAUCGAAGAGCUUCAGGACAGUAUGGAAAAGCAGCAGGAGGAGGACGAGGAUGAGGACGAGGAUGAGAACGAGGACGAGGAUGAGGACGAGGACGUGGAGCCAGAUGGGGAGAAAGAGGAGCAGACCGGCCAGGACGAGAAUUCGGUGCCCAGGAGCUCAGAGGCAGCCCAGGGGGAAGACUGCCCCAAGCAGGGGCCUGAGCUCAAGCCCUCCCGUUCCGGGGGCCGCGCUGAGGCCCUGCUGAGUGACCUCCAUGCCUUUUCAGGGAGUGCAGCCUGGGAGGACGGGGCAGGGACAGAGGGGGCCCAUGACCUCAGUGUCACUGCACUCUAGGCAUGGGGGGCUCUGCCUUUGCCUCCGUGCUGCCCACUUGUGCUACCAAAGCCACCAGGGGGUAAACAGGGUUUCCCCAGCCUCCUAGGAGCUCCGCUCAGUUCAGCCUGCCCACAUCCCCAGUACUCUACAGUCUACUCCCAUGGUCCUGAAGGGGUGAGGGCGCUAAAUGUCUCACCACAUCGAUCUUUGGUGGCACCAGCCCCCAGGACUGUGUACCACACAGCAACGUCCAUCCGUCUCUGCACUGCCCCCCUCCCCCGCCUCAGGCCAAGACCACUAAGCCGUCCCCAUCCUUGUAGACGUAUGGGCAAAAGGUCCAGGAUGCCCGCUCAAGGUCCAGGACGGGGGGAACAGCCCCCUUUGAAAUAAAGACUCCUGCACUGGA